UGUAAAACAGGAAGAGAUUUCCGAGCUGUGCUCUGCUACAUCCUGAGCUAAAGAAAAUCAUUAAGAAGACUUUAGAUUUUAAAGCAAUCCCCAUGCUAUUUUUCAGUUCUUGAACUCUUGCUUUAUCUCCUUUUUAUGACACCAUACUUUUGUUUCGCUUCUUUCGUGUUCCUAGAAUUUCUGCUGUUUCCUAUUUGUAUUUGUUCUUUUUUAUUCAUUGUAAACUGUAUCUUUCCCUUACACUCCUUUCUAUACUUUUAUUAUCCAUGUCCUUCAUACAUGGCCGACAAUACCCAGCUGCAAAUAAGAGGACUAUGGAAAGAAUUAUACGAGAGUUGGAUAUCUUUAUAAGACUCAGUGUAAAUCCUCAAUUUCAGAGGAGUCCUCCCUACCUGCCUGAUAUUGGCCGGGAAACUCAACAACACCUGCGUCUUAUUCUGGAAAAAAACCGAGGGUCUGAACUGGCACAAAACAUAUAUCUACAAGUGACAUUGCAGAGCUUGCUCCGCAAGAUAGCACAGGGUGCUGAUAUCCUGAAGGGAGGGAGUGGAGCAUACCAGGGCAGAUUGGACCCCAAGCAAGAGGAAGCUUAUUAAACUAUCUCUGAUCUUUAGUCACAUUCUGGCAGAGCUCAAAGCCAUAUUUCCAGGGGGAAGAUAUCAAGGAGGAACAUAUGCUAUCACUAAAUUAGAAGCUGCUAAAUUCUGGAUACAAACUUUUGGGCAACGGUGUAUUGUGCAAUGGGAGGAGUUCAGAGUGGGUCUUCACAAAGUACAUGUAUUGGGUCCUGGCCCUCUGGAGUAUGCUCUUCGCAGUACGAUGGAUCUUACAUGUAAUGACCAUAUAUCAGUGUUUGAGUUUGACAUCUUCACACGACUUUUUCAGCCAUGGGACAAGUUACUGAAGAACUGGAUGCUCCUUGCUGUCACCCAUCCUGGAUACAUGGCGUUCCUAACAUAUGAUGAGGUCAAAGUCCACCUUCAAAACCACAUUCAUAAACCUGGAAGUUAUAUCUUCAGACUGAGCUGUACUCACCUUGGCCAGUGGGCCAUCGGUUAUGUAACGUCAGAAGGCAACAUCCUACAGACCAUCCCACAUAACAAGUCCCUGUAUCAGGCCCUGCUGGAUGGGGAACGAGAAGGGCUGUAUCUUUAUCCCAAUGGUCACAGCAAAAAUCCAGAUUUAUCUGAACUCUGCUGUCCUUCAUCAAACUUAUCUUUACAUGUGACACAGGAACAAUGGGAGUUAUAUUCUCAAAUGGGCUCUACAUUUGAACUCUGCAAAAUAUGUACCGAUAAUGAGAAGAAUGUGCGGAUACAACCAUGUGGGCACUUACUGUGUGACCAAUGCCUCACUGCCUGGCAGCAGUCAGAUGGUCAGACCUGUCCAUUCUGUCGCUCGGAAAUUCGAGGCAAGGAAGAUAUACAUAUAUUGUUAAAGACUGCAAGUGAACAGAGCCCACCCUCAAAGGAUUCUCACAUGUCAUUAACAACUGAUGUGGGAGAUAAAGAGCAGGAAGUGCGGAUCGGAAGUCCAUCCCUUUCAGGUACAAACCCCAGGACUACUUCCCCAAUAGCAUCUGUGGUUUCUGAGACUGACAGUUCUCUGAACUCCACAAGUUCCUCUUCUGCUGUGUCCUUAUUGAGCUCAGUUGCUUCCUCACCUCCAGUUGUACCCUCUGCGCCACCUGCUGCACCUUUAGCUGCCAGUACAUCUUCCGCCAGUUCCAUUUUUACUGCCCCAUGGUUUUUGGUUCCAGCCCCUCCUGUACCUCCUAGAAGGAUGAAAUUAAAAGCUCGAGAUAUCAUCACCAGAACCCAAGAGAUGUCCAGAUUUCCAAACGCAAGAACCCCUGACGUUCUUCAUCGAGCACAUUGGGAAAAUUCAGAGCCCAACUCACAAAAUGCAGAAAGGCAUCCCAGUUUGGAGAACCUGCAAUAGCACUGUAAAUUGCACUUACUGCACAAUACUUAGUAAAUUCAGCUUUGCUGUUCAUUUAAAGAAAUAAAUGGAUGUUGCUGAAGACCAUAGGUAUUUAUCUAUAAUCUUAUUUUCAAAUGUUCCUCUAAAUUUACUAUGUAUCCUAUCCAAAGACUUCUAUUGGGGAAGCAUCCUCUGCAGGUACUGCUCAUUGUGUUACUGACCCAGAAGGGUCACACUGAUGCUCUGUAUGUUGAGUUAGACCUCUGCUCUUUGUACAACCAGAAGAAAUGGGUUUAACCAUUGGUAUUUAUGCUAUGAACGCUAUAUUUAAUGUACAAUGUGAUUUCAAAAACAAAAUUAAAAUCUUCCUAAAAAGUACAUUUAAAGCAUGUUUUAUUUUUUUUAGUACAAAAUAAAAAAAAAAUCAGAUAAUUAAUUGUGGUCUGCCCAUGUGAGCGUUGGUAAAAUAUUUCCCUUCAUGAUAUGCCAACAAGAUUUUUUGAGACGUUGGUCUAUAUUCCUUCUAUUUUGAUUUCCUUCAGCAGUGAUAUAUAAUACUCACACUAUAUAUUUAUAUAUAUAUAUAUAUAUAUAUAUAUAUAUAUAUAUACACACACAACACUAUUUCAUACCAUGCAAGGCUACAAACACCUACCUAGGUAUCUCUUUAACAAAGAAUACCAUAGAAAUGAAGCAAAUUUGAUAAUAGAAGUAAAUAGGAAACUUUUUAAAAAUUUUAAUUGUAGUCACAAAAUAAACUUUUGGGGUUUCAUAUCCCUUUAAUUCAGAAGUUAAACUUUCAUAUAAGAUAGAGCUCACCUUUUAAACAACUUUCCAAUUUACUUCUAGUAUCAUCUACUUUAGAGCAGCAAAGCACUACUGGGAGCUAGCUGCUAAUUGGUGGCUGCACAGAUGUGCCUCUUGUCAUUGGUUCACCCAAUGUGUGCUGAGGAUACAUAUAUAUGUGUGUGUGUAUAUAUACUGUAUAUAUGUAUCCUCAGCAGUGAUGUAUAAUACUAUACACUAUUCAGUACAACACAUGAUGUUACAUACAUAUAUGCACACACUUUGGAGCCCUUUCCAGACAAAUACCUUUACACAUACAAAAAUAAUAUUUAUUACAUUUUAAUAUUUUUUAUCAUGUUUUACUGUGUUUUAAUGUAAAUAUUUCCCAUUUCAAUGUUCUUGUUGACAAGGCUCAUUGGCUCCUGGGUACAUACGCUCAUGAACAGUUAAUGAGUAUAACCAGGAAGUACCAAUUACCGAAUGAGUAUUAGCAGAAAGUACAUAAGUGAUGCAGCUGUCAUAGUUUCUGUUUAAAUUUAAACAUAUUUUAAUUACAUUCUUUCAGAACUUUUGAACACUGCUAUCUCAGAAUGAUUAUUUAAAUUUUUGGAGUGCAAUUACAGCACCAAUGUCUGUUUCAUUAUAAAUUAUUUUUAUAAGAAAACGUGCCAAAGGUACAGGAGAUGUGUUUCAUUUAUUGCAAGAGAUUAAAAUACAAAAUUUGCUUUGCCUUGCUUGAGUCUCCAAAGAAUUGCAUAACUUGUAAGAUAAUUGUGGGAUUUUUUGCCAGCUUUUAUUAUAUGUUUCAAUAAAGAUUAUUUUUAAUAAAAA